AUGGCAGCGAUGGCGGAAGGACGUAUGAAUUUAGCUGCAUUGCAGCAACAAGAUCCCUAUAUCACAGACAUAGUCGAGACUGCCUCGCAAGUUGCCCUAUACACUUUUAACGCAGGAGCUAACGAGUGGGAGAAAACUGAAGUUGAAGGGACCCUGUUUGUGUAUACAAGGUCUGCCUCUCCUAGCAAUGGCUACACUAUAAUGAACAGGCUUAGCAUGGAUAAUUUAACAGAACCAAUUACCAAGGAUUUAGAAUUCCAGGUCAAUGACCCUUUCCUUCUCUAUAGAAAUACUAAAGGUGCAACUAUAUAUGGUAUAUGGUUCUAUGAUAAAGAUGAGUGUGCUCGUAUUGGUGCAGUUAUGAACAGAAUGUCAUGUGAAUCGUCUCACAAGGACACAGAUGUUGCAUCAAACCCUAGUGUAGGUUCUACAAAGAUUGUCCUCACAGGCAAUAAAGCAAAGAGUCAGGUUGAUAUAAUGCAAAUGUUGACAAAGGCCCAAGAUGAGUAUGUGAAAGGAGGUGGUGAUGGACAAAAACACUCAUCAGAAGAGUGCAAUCAGCAAGAGACAAAGAAAGAAACUGAUAUUAUGCAGUUAUUAAAUAAAGCACAUGUUGAGUAUGCAAAGAAGAUGCAUCCAAAGAAACAAAAACAGAGAUUACAUCAUGCUGAAAAUAAAAAUACUGGUUAUGAUGGGACUAUGCCAUCCCAAGCAGUGCUGCCUCGUAGCGAUGGCAGCAUGUUUCAGCAGCUUGCAACUAAACAAGCAUCACAUAGUAUGCAGUCUGCAGGACAGUCUAGUGGAGAGCUGCUACAACAACUGCAGAUACCACAGCAGCAAGAUAUUGAUCUGUUGCAUCAAUUGAAGUUAAAAACGCAGCCUGUUUCCAUUCCUUCCAGACAGCAACCACAAAUGAUAUCACCAGCUUCACAAUCUGUUGUGCUUAGUUCUUCCACACAUAAUAAUAUUUCCAUACCUAUGCUUGGUAUGCAGACUACAGUAACGCCCUCUGUGUUGACAAAGACUGGACAAACUGGCACCAGUACUACAGUGCAGCCCUUAUCAAUUGUAGCAAGUAAUGCUUUAAUCCAAGGUUUUACCACCAGGCAGAGCAGUGCCAAUGUUGUAAAUAAAUCCAGAACCUCUACUUUGCCUUCAGGAGGUACUGUAAAACCUGGCACUGAACUACUAUCCCCAAUGGUAUUCCAAGCCACUGCAUCACUACAUCAACAAUUAUCAUCUUCACUGCCAAACAAUCAAACCAGCACUAUGAUGGCAGCAGCUGGCAGGUUACCAGGCAACCUAACACAGUUUAUGGGUAAUACCCCUGGCAUAUCUUCAAUGUCUCAUCAACUGCAGAUGUCCCAUCAACCUCAUCAGAUGAUGUCACCAUUGACAAAGGAACAACUCAAACAGACUCUUCUCUCUCUAAUACAGACUGAUGAUGACUUCGUUGGAAAGAUACAUGAAGCAUAUUUGUUGUCUCUUCGCAAAUCCUAGUUCUCCUGUACCAUUGAGCUUGAUCACCAACCAAUGUAUUAACAGUGGAGCAGAUACUUAAAACCAGCAUCUGAUCCACAAUCAAAC